AUGUCCUGGCUAUUCGGUGGCAACAAGAGCAGCAGCCAAGAAAAGCAGUCGGCCGCCGGCGCGGCCCCUGGCGACGCCAACCUGCAAAACUCGCUCGGCUUCGACCCAAACCAGGUCACCAAUGUUUCCAACAUCAUCUCCGCCCCCGGCGCCCUGGACCCUUCGCGCCUCCACCCUCUUGCCGGCCUCGAGCGCGGUGUCGAGUACCUCGACCUCGAAGAAGAACAGCUCUCCACCAUGGAGGGCUCCCAGGGCCUGAUCCCCUCCAGGGGCUGGACCGACGACCUGUGUUACGGUACCGGUGCCGUGUACCUCGUGGGACUGGGGCUCGGAGGUACCUACGGGUUCUUCGAGGGCCUGCGCAACAUCCCUCCCAACAGCCCGGGCAAGCUACAACUCAACACAGUCCUGAACCACAUCACCAGACGCGGGCCCUUCUUGGGUAACAAUGCCGGUGUCUUGACGCUCACCUACAACCUGAUCAACUCUUCCAUCGACGCCUUCCGCGGCAAGCACGAUUCGUCGGGCUCCGUCGUCGCAGGUGCCCUCACCGGUGCCUUGUUCAAGUCCUCCAAGGGUUUGAAACCCAUGGGCUACGCAUCUGCAAUGACCGCCGGUGCCGCGGCGGCUUGGUGUGGUGUCAAGUCCCUACUCUUAUAA